AUGGAUUUCCUUGCGGCAUCCAAGCUUUUCGACGUGCGAGGACUGAUCGUGGUGGUCACUGGAGGCGGUACUGGCAUCGGCUUGAUGAUGACCAAAGCAUUCGCACUUAAUGAAGCAUCCAAGGUCUUCAUCGUCGGCAGAAGAAAGGAGAAGCUGGAGGAAGCGGCGAAAGUCUCUCCACAUGGAAACAUCAUACCGAUUGUGGGAGACGUCACUUCGAAAGAAUCCCUCAUCCAAGUCGCGAGCCAAGUGAAGCAGGAGGCUGGGCAUGUGAACUUUCUGUGCUGCAAUAGCGGCAGCAUGCCUCAGACGAUCGCCAAAGAUCCCACACAAGUCUCAGCAGCAGAAUUUGCCAAAGCAGCCCUCGACCAGGACAUGUCGAACUGGAACGACACAUAUGCCUCCAACGUCACAGGAGUCGCCUUCACAGCAUUCGCCUUCCUCGAGCUCCUCGAUGCUGGAAAUCGAAACCGAGGGCCUGGUGGCGUACAGAGCUCGAUCCUAGUAACGAGCAGUGUCGCAGCCUUCCUCAGAGGCGCUCGGGCGAACACACCCUAUACUUGCAGCAAAACCGCCGUGACGAUGUUGGUCAAACAUCUCGCCGACAAGUUCGGACAGUACGAUGUCCGAGUCAAUGCGAUCGCUCCUGGGCUGUUUCCUUCAGACAUGUCGACAGGUCUGGUCGCGGCGGGUGGAGAGUCGAAGGGAGAUCCAACUGAGGAGGGAGCGUAUCCGCGAUCUUUUAUUCCUGCUCAGCGAUUGGGGAAGACAGAGGAUAUUGCAGGGACGGUCUUGUUCCUGGCAUCUGCUGCUGGCGCGUAUUUGAAUGGUUGCAUUUUGCUGAAUGAUGGAGGGCGACUUGGUCUGCUACCGGGGACGUAUUGA